AUGUGGAAGAUUUUUACUAAAAAGCGCGUAGCUUAUACAAGUAUAGCGUUUGUUGUUGGUGGUGUUUCCACCUACUAUUUCUAUCCAGAAGAUUCAAAGAGAAUUCGAAGACAGCAAACACAACGUUUAUCUAUUAUUAAGCCACAGCUUUUAGUGUCAGAGACAUAUGCGGACGCGUAUAAUCAAGCUCAAUCAGCAAUUUCUUCAGAUAAUGAAUUACAUACUUCAUGGGUCCCACCAUCAAGGAGAGAAAUGUUGAACAUUCUUAAAAAUUCAAGCAAGCAAGGUUUACCAGAAAAAGAACCAUUUGAUCUAUUGAUUGUAGGUGGUGGUGCUACCGGUACAGGUACAGCUCUUGAUGCAGCAACAAGAGGAUUAAAAGUUGCAUUGAUAGAGAGAGAUGAUUUCGCUUCUGGGACUUCUUCACGGUCAACAAAACUUGUUCAUGGAGGCGUUCGAUAUCUUGAGAAAGCAUUUAAAGAACUCGAUUAUGGCCAAUACAAGCUUGUAAAAGAAGCUCUUCAUGAACGUGCCAUUUUUUUACAUAUUGCCCCUUAUAUAAGCUACCCAUUACCUAUCCUAUUGCCGAUUUACAAGUGGUGGCAAGUUCCAUAUUUUUGGGUUGGUUCAAAAGCCUACGAUUUCCUUGCAGGCGGCGAAUCUAUGGAAAGCUCCCAUUUCUUGUCUAGUACUAAAGCAAUUGAAGCUUUCCCGUGGUUAAAAAAGGAGAAACUCGUUGGUGCUAUGGUAUAUUAUGAUGGUCAACACAAUGAUGCACGGAUGAAUGUCGCUCUUGCAUUGUCCGCCGUUUCACAUGGCGCAGUUGUUGUAAAUCACGUGGAGGUUUUGCGAUUAUUGAAAGAUGAUAAUGGCAAAAUUAAUGGAGCACGGGUUAGAGAUAACUUGAAUGGUGAUGAAUGGGACAUCAAAGCUAAAGGUGUAGUAAAUGCUACUGGUGCAUUUACAGAUGGUAUUCGUUCUAUGGAUAAUCCUAUGUGUGACAACAUUGUCGCGCCUUCCGCAGGCGUUCAUGUCGUCCUACCAAACUAUUAUAGCCCUCGAAAAAUGGGCAUGAUUGAUCCUUCUACAUCAGAUGGGAGAGUGAUAUUUUUUUUACCUUGGGAAGGAAUUACAAUUGCUGGGACAACAGAUUCACCCACUGAGUUGACAUAUACUCCAAUGCCUAAAGAAGAAGAAAUACAAUGGAUUCUUAAUGAAAUUAGAACAUACUUAAGUCCUGAUAUUGAAGUUCGUCGCAGUGAUGUUCUUGCUGCUUGGUCUGGAAUUCGCCCUUUAGUGCGUGAUCCUGGCGCAAAAAAUACCUCAGAAUUAGUGAGGAGUCACAUGAUUAAUGUUAGCCCCUCUAAUUUAAUCACCGUUGCAGGUGGAAAGUGGACAACAUAUAGAAAUAUGGCAGAAGAAACUAUCGAUACAGCUAUUAAAGUAUUGGGACUGAAACCUCUGAAUGAAUGUCGUACUGAAAAAAUUAAACUUAUUGGGUCUCACGGAUAUUCUCCAACAAUGUUCAUAAAGCUCAUUCAACAAUUCAAAUUAGAUACUGAAGUUGCACAACAUUUAGCUAAUAGUUAUGGCGAUCGUGCAUGGGCUGUUGCCGCAUUAGCACGUCCCACUGGCAUGAGUUGGCCAGCUUUUGGCUGCAGAUUAAACCCAUUAUAUCCAUAUAUUGAUGCAGAAGUUCUUUAUGCUGUCCGUCGAGAAUAUGCUUGCACUCUCGUGGAUGUUAUCGCGCGUCGUACACGCCUGGCGUUCCUUGAUGUUCGAGCAACUCUUGAGUCACUUCCACACAUCAUUGAAAUUAUGAGCAAAGAGCUCGGAUGGUCCUCAGAGCAACAAAAUAGGGAAUAUACUCGGGCUGUCGAAUUUCUUGUCACAAUGGGUCUUCCUCCACAAAAAGCAAAAGGAAAAUCAUAA